UUCAGAAGGUGUUCGCUGUUGGACGUGUGCGCUUGAUCCGGGCCAGAAGAACGCUUGGCAGCAGUAACUUAUUGAUCUCAACGGUGCUUUGUUGUGUCUGCUCUUGGCUGUCACGUAUACGUACAGUCGGUUCUUCAGUGUCUGUUUAAUAAUCACAAAACUGCCAUGGCGAAUGUGUAAUAAAAAACGUUAGUGAAGUAAUCAAUCGCAAGCAAAGUAAACCAAAUUUAACGACAACGAAAAGUGAUACGAAAACGAUGCACAAAUGAAGCUGCAGCGACGUAAAACCAACUGCCAACGAAAAAGUGAAACACCCACUAACUCAAAAUGGGCCAACAUAUGUUUAUGGCUCGUCGUAACGCUGGCUCUUUCGACCCACUUGGCAAGCGGCCAGGAAAGUCCGCCAGCAGAGAACUCCAGAGAGGUGGAACUGCUGCAGGAUAAUGAUAUCGAGUUCGCCAGUCUCGAUGGCGCCACCCAACUUCUGCCAGCGACCCGACAUUCCGGCGCAGACGUCACUGUGGCGCCACAAACAUCCACCUCCCCGAUGACGUCAUCGCACUCGUACACCGAACUGCAAGGCGGGGAAAUCCUGAGCGACCGAAUCCUUCGGCGCAGCGAGAGUCCUUACUUGGCACGCGAGGACCUCGAGGUCCUCAGGGGCGCCCGACUGACCAUCGAGCCGGGCGUGACCAUCGAAUUCGCCCCCACCAAAGGACUCAAAAUCAGCGGGGUCCUGCAGGCGGUGGGCACACCAACGGAAAGAAUCGUGCUGAAGUCGCAGAGCAACACGGCCAACUACAAGCUGGAGCUGCCCGACGACCAGGAGAAGGGCAUCCGCCUGGUGGACGGACCCACUCCGGUGGAGGGACGACUGCAGCUGUUCCACAAGGGCGCCUGGCGGUCCGUCUGCUCCAACUCCAGAAACUGGACAUUGGCGGACUACGGAGUGGCCUGCAGGCAGCUGGGCUACCGCGGCGGGCGCUUCUGGAACUGGGUGGAGCGGACGGCGGGCUACUACCCGCGGCUCCUCUACGAGCAGCCCAAGUGCCGGGGCAGCGAGAGCGGUCUGCAGGAGUGCGCCUGGAGCUCCCGGCAGAUGGGAGCGGGCGCGUGCGACUACCACAACGACCUGGGCGUCCAGUGCCUGCCGGUGCACUCGGAGCCGCUGGGCCACUGGCGCGGGAUCUACUUCGACAACGCCCCCUCCACGAAGGCGCUGGGGCGGGACAACAUCGUGUACGCGGCGCAGUCGGAGUCCCGGCUCAAGUACGUGGACAUCGAGCGAGCGGGCAGCGGAACGGGGUUCAGCGCCAAGUCGGCGGUGGAGGUGCAGGGCCUGCCGCCCCAGAUGGAGCACGUGGUGAUCAGCCACUCGGCGUACACGGGCUUCAACAGCACGCGGCCCUGGGCGGGAUUCCGGCUGCAGAACGUUACGGUGCGCAAGUGCAACGGCAUCGGGGUGUUCGUCAACUCGAGCCAGGGAGCCGUGGAGCUGGAGGGCUGCUCCGUGGUGGACAACGCCGGCGACGGGGUCAAGUACGUUGGCCACGACCUGCGGGGCAGCGAGCGGAAGGACCGGGCCAGCAUCUACGACUUCUGCACCCUGCCCACCACCGCCGGGCAGACGUACCCCAUCUCGCUCUCGUUCACCCAGAAGUACUACGCGGGCAGCGGCAAGGAGUGCGGCAAGUACUUCUUCACCCGGCCGGGCUACCUGCUGACGCUCCACUUCGAGCACUUCGUGCUCAUGCAGAACGAGACGGCCACCGUGGAGGUCUACGACGGGGCCUCCACCACCGACCGUCUGCUCUUCCAGUGGCGGGCGCGGAACAACACGCGACCCCAGAGCGUCACCUCCACGCGGGAGAAGAUGUUCGUGCGGAUCCGGGCGGAUGCGAGGCAGGAGCUGAACGGCUUCUUCCGGAUGACCUCCGGCGACUCGGUGGCCUACGACCUCAAGGUGGCCCAGUCGACGGUGGAGGACAACGGCGGGCGGGGUGUGGCCGUCGACAACAUCCGCUCGAGGCUGCACGUGCACAGCAGCUCCGUCUCCGGGAACGGGCACGUGGCCGGGGUGCACGUGACCAGCGGAGCGGGGGACGUGAACAUCACCAGCUCGAACAUCAGCUUCAACAACGGAGCGGGCGUGAACAUCACCUACUACGGAGGCAACCGGAACAUCUCGCGGUCCGCUCUCACCUCUAAUAGGGGAUACGGAGUGGCCACCUGGCUGAACCACACCGCGGAGGCGGACCGCAUGGAGUACAUACCCUUCAACCAGACCAGCGUGGUGGAGUACUCGCAGAUCGGGGGCAACCUGGAGACGGGCGUAUUCCACGGCAACUUCUGCCGGCCCAUCUGGGUGAACAUCACGGGAAACAGCUUCAACGGCAGCCAGCAGAACGACAUAUUCAUCGAGUCCUGCUACCAGGCCACCGCCGACGGACGACCCAACAUGCAGCUCCAGCUGGGGCACAACCAGUUCAAGUACUCCCAGGCGAACUCGAUCUUCCUCAGCCCGGCGCUGAACCUCCAGGGGAGGAUCGAGUACAACAUGUUCCGCUUCGGCUCCUACGGCUGCCUGUUCGUGAACAACGACUACAUCUACCCGGAGUUCAACUACUUUCCGGUGAGGCUCAUUAUCCAGAGCAACUACUUCAUGCGGAACAGCGGCGUCCACGUGGUUUCCCUGGGCCUCUCCCCCUACAGCAGGGCGGAGGUGCAGUACAUCCUCUUCACGCGGAACUUCGUGCGGGGGAACAACAUCACGGAGGCCUUCGGACCACUGAUUGCUGGCUCGGAGGGAAGUGACGGGGCCGGUCGCCUGAAUCCCCGCUCCCGGGUGGCCGCUCCCGUCGUCGUGGGAUCGAGCAACGUGGACGUGUUCCGGAACAUCCUGCACAACCUGGACUCCAUGUACGAGAUAGGCUCGCAGCUCACGGACCAGAGCAAGAUCAUCAACGCCACCUGCAACUGGCUGGGCCAUACGGACGAGAACAAGAUCUACGCCAGGCUCUUCCACCGCAACGACCGCUACAAUCUGGCCAAGAUCAGCUACAUCCCCUACCUGCUGCACAGCUCCAACCCGGGCUCCACCGCCAUGAUCACGGUCUCCACGGUGGUGCCCCGCUUCUUCCACGAGGGCAGCGACAUCAUCGGUGGGGAGGUGGACGGCCAGGACAUGGUGCCGGCUGGCACCUACACGGUCACCAAGGACAUCAACAUCAGGCCCGGCGGCAAGCUCAUCCUCCAGCCGGGAACCAUCCUCAAGUUUGAGCCGAGCGUGGGCAUGAUGGUGGCGGGCAAACUGGAGGCCAGAGGUCGCCGCCCCGACGACAUACUCUUCACCCUGAAAAGGGAAACGAUCAUAAACGAGCACAACGACACGGAGACCAUCGAUCUGGACAGCGAGACGGAGGCGAUUGACAUGGAAACGGAGGCGGUUCCCUCGGACGGAGUUCCCAGGGUCCCGGUUCGAUUGGUCGGGGGUGCGGGUGCCAACGAGGGAAGGCUCCAGGUUUACCUCAAGGGACGGUGGGGCACCGUCUGCGACUACGGCUGGAAUGUCCUGAACGCCGCCCUGGUCUGCCACCAGCUGGGCUACUCCCUGAACCCGCAGGACUGGCGACUACUCCGCUCCCAGCUGCCGAAUGCCGGCACCUCCGAGGACGUCCUGGUGGCCAACGUGAGGUGCACGCUGCAGGAUCGCGAUGUCACCAAGUGCCAGGCGGAGUACGAGUUCGAGAACACCUGCAGCCACGAGAACGACGUGGGCAUCAGGUGCUACGAGGGAGCUUGGGCCGGCGUGCGGUUCAGCAUGCUGGCCGAGCGGGCUGAUCUGCAGUACGUGACUGUGGAGAAGGCCGGACUCUUCGACUACACCACCAACGCCUUCAAGCCCGCCGUGCAAAUGGACCACGCCCGUCACAACCUGGAGAACGUGAGGGUCGUUAACAACCUGCAAGACGGCUUGGGCAUUGUGUACUCCGAUAUCUACGCCGGAAAGUCGGUGAACAACAUCAAGAACUCGGAGUUCUCUGGCAACAGGGGAAGUGGCAUCAGCCUGAAACAACUCGACUUCAGGAUCUCGGGAUCGAUAAUCAAGGACAACAAGGGAAGUGGCGUCUCCCACGACCCUGUGAUAUCCGCCUUGGACCAAAAGGAAAUCGGUGGGUGGUUCAACAUGGCCAGGGACUUCAACUCCUUCGACACGGACUACGAUCCCUAUGUGUUGCCCCACGAAAUCAGCAACAUAGACUUGGGCACCUUCGAGCACAAGUACAUUAGAACCGAAGAGCUGCUCGGGCAGAAUGUGAACAGGAAAAUAGUGGUUCAGUGUCCAGCUGGCUACGUCAUCGGCAUCCAGCUCCUGAACCCCAUUCACAACCUCUCCACAGAGAGCAUUAACAUCCUGAACGCCAGGACAGAAAACAUUAGAAGCGAUUUGUGGCAAGUUAAGAGGGACUUGACCGUGUUCCCCGCAACGAGCAGCAGCUAUGGCAUUAUAAUCUACUACGAGAGUGGCUUACAAGCUCUGGGAGGAGCUGUUCUGAUGCUGAGUACAGUCACCGCUCCGGUUCAAAACAUAAGGAACCGCAUAGUCAGCGGAGCUGUGCCCACCCUCACCAUCCGGUCGACAAAGAUACAGAAGAACCUGAGGGGUAUCACAGGAGUCUAUUACAAUCGCUACCUGGGCGACAAUGGGGAGUACUACUUGAGGAAGGCCAACGAGUCGAUUAAGCUAAUCAACUCCGAGUUGAGCUACAACGAGCGGGAGGCCGUACUCAUAAGGUCACCUUUCUGGGAUGUGAUCUCCAGCAAUCUUUCGGAGAUCACUCUGCAUUUCAACGGCUCGCUGAUUACCCAAAACGGCCUUGGCAUUCGACAAGUUUCGAAGGACCUGCGAUCGUCAAACAAUCUAUUCCACUACGUGAUUCAGGACACCACUGUGGAGCAGAACACCCAUGGAGGCUUCCAGGUGGCGCUUCCGUAUGUCUGGCAGUACAACGAGAACUUCACCCACUCGAUUUACUUCGGCAACAGCACUUGGCAGAGGAAUCGCGACUUCCGCAUCUCCGUUUCCGGGCACUACACCGUGUUCAACAUAACCUCGAAUGUCUUCAGGGAGAACAACUGUCCCGGAGCUCUGAUUUCGCUCGAAGGAAUGGAGAAGCGACUGCGCUUCGACAACAAUCGCUUCGAGGCGAACAACGCCAAAUUCGUGCUGCUCUUCAAGGCGGACUCCCUCAGUGAGAUAAUCGGACAAGUGCCUGCCAGCAUCGAGUACAACAGCUUCAAGGGCAACAGUAUUGUGACCAUGACCGCGAACUACAGGAACCACUACAUGAAAGCUGCGAGGAGAAUAAAGAAGCAGCACAAGAUGCCCACCGCGGUGAUCCGAUUGGACGGAGUCCAGAACGUCAGACUGUAUCGCAAUCUGAUAUCCGAAAACGAAAUGGACUACAAUCUGGUGGCGGGUGUGAGGUCCGCCAGGUUGAACAACUACUUCGAGGCGAGGGAGAACUGGUGGGGCACCAAGGACACCGCCUUCAUAGAGGCCAAGAUCUUCGACUUCGACAACUGGAACGACCAUGCGGACGUCAUAUACCAACCCUUCCUCAUCGAGGACAGCUACGACGCCAGUGUGUCCGUGGUCGUGCCCUUCGAUCAGGAUCAGGAAAUCGACUUGGCCACCUACCGAGGAGGCAGGGUGUACAAGGACCUGAUUCUGAGGAGACAGAGCACCCCCUACUAUAUAUCCUCCGACAUCACAGUGAUGCCUGGCAAGACGCUGACCAUCAACCACGGGGUCACAAUGGAGUUUGAGCCCAACGUGGGCAUACUGGUUUUGGGUACUCUGACUGCGGUUGGUUACAAGGAGUCGCCCAUCGUGAUGAGACCCUUCAGGAACGCCACGAGGGAAUCUCUGGUGGAUGCUCAGCCCAAGAAGCGCGCCCUAGAAGACAUGAGUGCUCCCCUUACCGAAUUCGACUCCAUAAGACUCUGCACCAGUGCCAAUAAUUGCACCGGAGACGCCGACGGAAUGUUCGGAUUGAACGAGGGAUUCCUGGAAUACUUCAACCACACCACUUUGCAAUGGGUUCCCAUUUGCGACAGCAGAUUCACGGAGCGGAAUGCCCAAGUUGUCUGCCGGGAGCUGGGCUACGAUCCCCUGAACGUUUACUACGGCCACGAUCGGCGGAUAGAGUUCCACACGAACUCCUUGACCCGAAUUUGGUCCUGGGUCCAGCCACUGGAGUGCCAAGGCGACGAGGAGCGAAUGGAGGACUGUGCCGAGCGCCUGAAUGGCCAGCUCUACGGACACCGUCACGAGUGCCGGUGGGACGACGUCUUCGUGUUCGUCAGCUGCAACAGCUUGGCCGACGACGAAGUUUACUGGGGCGGCAUCCGAUUCGCCAACUCCAAGUUCGAGGAGAUCCAGUACGAGCACCGUAUGCACAACACAAGAUCGCAUGCGAGGUUGCCCCUGAGGGAGAGCCAACUGGAGUUCGUGAGGAUCGAGCAGGCCGGCAUUCUCCACAACCACAAGGCAGCUGCCAUCCAGGCCAUUCACAAGAACCCCUCGAUAACCUCGGUGAGCAUCGAGAACUCGGCCAACGACGGCAUCAACCUGAUAGCUCCCAGUGGCAAGCUGAACCUAAACCACCUGAACAUCAACAAAACAUUGGGAACCGGCAUCAGCAUUGUGUCCCUGAGUGGCGAAGGUCGCGAUAGCGAUGAAUCCAGCUUCACUCCGCUGAAGAAACUAGACAUUCCGUAUAAGCUCUUCUCCCUGGUGGACAUCUGCGAUCCCCAGAAGGUGCUGACCAUCGAGGAACGGAUGAUAGUCUACUACAAGUACGACAACAACCCCGUGAACUGUGUGAAGAUCUUCACCUCCGCGUUCCGAGCCAAGCCAAUUGGUUUCCGGUUGCUGCAAUCCAAUCUCUUCAAUCACUCAAAGUUGUACGGACGAACGGACUUUAUAAAGCUGUACGACGGCGAUAUCUACAACGUGACGGCGACCUACUUGGGCAAAAUUGAGUCCGAUACGGAUAACCAAAGGGCGUUCUUCAAGACCAAGGGCCCAACGAUGAGCCUCCAGUUGGUGGCCAGUGGUGCUCCCGAAACCCACGGUUUCAUAGCUGAGGUCGUGACCGUGCCCAUUUCCACUUUGGGCCAAUAUCGCGAUGCUCUGCACAACAUCACAGAUACUCACAUCUCAGGUGCGAUGAAGGGGGCGGUUAGCUAUUCCUCGGCGGGAGAGGUCACGCCCACUUUGACCCUCAUAGGCAAUCGGAUCGAGAAGAACUGUCGGCAAUUGUAUGGCAACUUCUCCACCUGCACUUCAGCUUUGAAUUUGGAUGUGCAGAACAUGAAUUCCCUGUACUUUAUGAACAAUUUAAUAGCAGAAAACCAGGGAGGCCUGAAGAUCCGAGCCGAUUCUCGGGGUUCGGCCACAUCGCUUCGCGGCUUUGUUCACCACAACCUCUUCAUGAGGAAUCGAAACCGUCCUGCUCUCUUCGUGGAGGGUCGGCAGUCCUCGCCGUAUCAGGAAGUGGAGCUGUACCGCAACUACUUUGCCCAAAAUAUGGCUGGAUACGAGGACGUGAUCAGACUGUGCCAAGUGGUGUCCAACUUUAGCUACAACUACGUGCACAGCAACGUCGGCGGAAGAAUCAUGGAGGUUUCCGGAUUCGAAAAGGUGCGACUGCAGAUCUACCAGACCACGGCUCACAAUGGUUUCUACAGAAAUUUCGCCACCAACUGGAUGACCAGGGCAACAAUUGUGGCUGGAACAGCGGGUCAGCAGUAUGUGGAUAACAUUUUCGAAAACUACGAAAACGAUUAUGAGCUGUUAACCGUCAACAAUUCGAUUUUGAGUUUUGACUAUGAAAACAGGACCUUUGAAACCUGGAGCUCUAAGAUUGAUGCUCGCCACAAUUACUGGAGCUAUAAUAAUACCAUUUCAGUGCAGAGUCGUAUCAGAGAUAAAUCAGAUGAUCCCAUGUUGCUGGAGGUUCUGGCAGUGCCCUUCCAAAUGAACAACGAAACCAUUCUGGAUGGCAAGUGUCCUCCGGGUUGGGCUUUAGUGCAUGACACCUGCUUCAUUUACGUGGGGGCACCCAUGACUUUCCACGAGGCUCGGGACUUCUGUCGCUCGGAGAACUCCACAAUGCCGUUCAUUCGGACGGAUAAGACCACGCUGUGGAAGUAUCUGCAGAGCCAGAUGAGGCACCUCAAAUACCCGGACAAGGUCUGGAUUCAGGACUACAACCACAUUGAGCGCUGCACGAGCUUCGUGUUUGGGGAGAUCGAACUGGAGGAGUGCAGCAAGGAGCGCGGUUUCAUAUGCGAAAUGGAUCCAAGAGUGAUUAUUGAUCCCUUGUCCUGGCGCGCAGACAUCUUCGCCAUCAGUAUUAUCUCGGCCUUCGUCCUCGCCAUUAUCCUGCUCAUCCUGGUGGCCUUCUGCUGGUUCGCCAAGUCGAAGCACCGGCAUGUCCAGCGGCUCCAGCGGAGGAACAGCAUCCGCCAGAGUUUGCGCAGCCUGAACAGCAUUGAUCCGCAGGGUUCCCUUCGCCGCAGGCCCAAUUAUAACAUGUCCAGCAACGGAACGCUGUCCAAGGCUCAGGACUACAAGCAGAUGGUGGCCAAUGGCUCCAUUGACUCCAUGGACAAAAGCGUCCUGAGCUCGGAGGCCGGCAGCUUCGAGGGCUACGAGCAGAAGCCCCAUUACAACGAGUACGUGAACCAGAACGCCCUGCGACCGGUGCAGCCCGCCCAGGAUCACCAGAGCCACAAGGUGGCCACCAUUUCCAAGGCGAGUGGCCACCGGGCGAGAGCUGCCGCCGCCGCAGCCGCCGCCUUGGAACCGGACGCCUUCGAGCUGAGCUACCGGAACGAGGGAUUCCGGGACAACUCCACCUACGGUGGAGGCACCAGAGCCAACUCGAUCAGCACCAGUGUAGCCGAGGACACGCCAAUCAUACACCACACGGACCAGGACGUCGACGAGGGUGGCUCUGACUACUACGGCAACGCCAGCACCUUGCCACUGCGCACCGAGGCAGGUGGCAGCAGCGCCGGCGGAAGGCGCGGCCAGCCCGGCUUGGCCUUCCUCAGCGAACUGAAGCAGAACCUGCCGGAGUACCAGAGGAGCUCCCACAGCAGCUUCAUGCCGCAGCGGAGCAGCGGCGACUCCCUGCCCUUCGAUCAAAAACUGGACCAGUUCAACUACUCCACGGAGUCCUCACUGUACCGUCCGGCGCCCUCGGUCCCCAGCCAGCAGGCAACGCCGGCUGACAUGCGGCGGCCGGACUCGUACUACACGGCCGUCAGAAGCAGCAAGGCUCCAGCCUCGCACUACCGGACCCCGAGGCCCCUGGCUCAACCCCCGGCCGCACCAAAUGUGGCGCCUUCGGGUGGACCGACCCACGCCCGUCCCAAGACGCUCUACCAAACGGCCUCCGGGGAGUCCUCGCCGACGAGCCCGUCUCCGCUGACCAAUCCGUACCACCGCUCCAAGUCGGAGGCCCUGCUGGAGACGGAUUUUGAUGGGGACGGUGGGGCGGGGGGACUGCAGCCCCUGCAGACAAACGGACGAAGUCACAGCCAGCCACUGGAAACUGCCAUGUGAAGAGUCGUCAUCCACUUCAUACUCUAAUUUAACACUCACUCGACACCGAGCUUUUUGCGGACCUGACAAAACACAAUGAACUCUAGUUUAGUUUUCUGCUUAAGAGGUUCGUUCUUAGAUAGCAUCUCCUCUUGAUUAGUCAAGAAAUUGAAGUCUUGAAUAAGAGGGUAGUGCCUUUGAAAGGUAAUAGGUAUUCCUUAGAUUUGUAGGUCCUUGCCUAAUUUUUGUCAGGUGCGCUCGAGGUUCCAACCACAACAGCUUCGUAGUUUUUAUUUGCCCUUAAAGUAUAAUUUUUAAAUCGAGAUUACGAUAGAGAGAGACCAAGAGAGACGAACACGCCCGCCCGUUGUUUUUUUGUGGUAAACUUAGAUCAUUCCAUCCAUUAGUCUUAAGUCUACGAUUAAUAUUUGCCGAACGAAUUAAUCAUAAGUUGUUGUAUAUAAACAGAAAAAUAAAACGAAUUAAAUGAAAA